GAUCUGGCGGGUCGAAGGUCGACCGGGGUGUUCAAGGGAUACUGCAGAGCAACCCGAAUCUGCAGAGCCGCUAUCUGAAUGUUGCCCUUACAUUCAUCAUCGCCGAAAGGGAAGAUGCAUCGCCAUGCAUAUUCCAACGGGGCGUAUCCUUCGCAGGGAAGCACCUUUUCAAUUCAACCCCACAAGUACGUUCAGCCGCCGCAAUGCCUAACACGGCGCCCCCGUCGCCUCUACCCGCCAUUCUGCACGACGAUAAGUCCUGGAAGCCAGAUGCUAACCACCAGUGCUACCGCAGAUUCCAGCCUCGAUCACAACCCGCGCUUAGGCGGCGGAGGCAACUAAUUCAGCGCCUGCUCCUUGUAGGCUCGCUCUUCCUCACAGCAUUCUACUUCAUCUUUCCCGAUCUACGACCGAACCUAGGCUCCGGCCCCCUCAGUUACUUGACCUCGAGCGAGGAUUCGCAACUCGAGACCGUCCGCUACUACGACCUCAACAAUGUACAGGGUACUGCGCGAGGGUGGGAGCGGGAAGAGAGGAUAUUGAUUUGCGCUCCUCUGCGAGAUGCGUCGCCGCAUUUGCCCAUGUUCUUUAGCCAUCUGCAGAACUUGACGUACCCGCACAACCUCAUCGAUCUGGCCUUCCUCGUUGGAGACUCAAAGGACAAUACCAUCGCCCUGUUGACAGAGAAGCUGGAGGAGCUGCAGGCCAACCCGGAUCCCAAGAAGACAUUUGGCGAGAUAUCGGUCAUGGAGAAAGAUUUUGGGCAGAAGGUCAACCAGGAUGUCGAGUCGCGUCACGGUUUCGCAGCGCAGGCUGGCCGUCGUAAGUCGAUGGCUCAGGCGCGCAACUGGCUUCUCAGUGCGGCUCUGCGACCCACCCACAGCUGGGUGUACUGGAGAGAUGUCGACGUUGAAACAGCGCCAUUCACCAUUCUCGAGGACCUUAUGCGACACAACAAGGACGUCAUUGUACCAAACGUUUGGCGUCCGCUACCUGACUGGCUUGGCGGAGAGCAGCCCUACGAUCUGAAUUCCUGGCAGGAAUCUGAGACCGCCCUCGCGCUCGCCGACACCCUCGACGAAGAUGCCGUUAUUGUCGAAGGUUACGCAGAGUACGCUACCUGGAGACCGCAUUUGGCCUACCUCCGCGAUCCCUAUGGUGACCCAGACAUGGAGAUGGAGAUCGACGGUGUUGGUGGUGUCAGUAUCCUGGCUAAGGCAAAGGUUUUCCGCUCCGGUGUCCACUUCCCUGCUUUCAGUUUCGAGAAGCACGCUGAGACCGAGGGCUUCGGCAAGAUGGCCAAGCGCAUGAAGUUCUCCGUUGUCGGUCUGCCCCACUACACGAUCUGGCAUCUGUACGAGCCCAGUGUCGAUGAUAUUCGACACAUGGAAGAGAUGGAAAAAGAGCGCAAAAAGAAGGAGGAAGAAGAAAAGGCAAAGAAAGAGAAAGAAGAGAAGAUGCACGCGACAUUCGACACAAAAUCGUCUGAAUGGGAGAAGGAGAAGUCUGCGGUCCAGGACCUCGUCCAAAAGGCCAAGAACGAAGAGAAGGCCCGCGCUGAGAAGGAGCAAGCCGAGAAGGAAGGCGCCAAGGCUGAGACGAAAGAGGAGAAGAAAGAAGAGAAGGAGGGCUCAUAAAAGUUGAUUAAGCGCUCUCUCGAAAGCUGCGAACAUCAGAACCGGCUGGCUCUGCUUCAUGUCAUUUUCUUGCCUGCGAGAUGAUAUCUCUGGAGGCCUAUUGAACGCUACGUACGGCUUGAGUAGAAUCUGCUCAGGCAACAACGACCGUCACGAUUUUGGCUGGACUAUGUGC